AUGGUUGCUCAAGACGUCAUAGUUAGCCCUGUUGACGAUGGUCGAUCAAUCAACAAAGCAGUUAUUUCCUACCGUGAGGACUUUUUAACAUUUUGGGCACAAUUGCGCAUAAAAGUUGAAGGUUUGUUGGGUAUACUGCGGUUUUUGGAAGACUAUAGGUCAUCGAUAGUAGUAUGUGGUGCACCGUUGUUCAGCCUUCCGAUCCUCUUCUGUUUUCCAGAGCAUCAGAAGCAAGCCCAAUGCGGAUACGUGGUUUCGAUCAUGGGCUUGUAUUGGAUGUUCGAGGUCUUACCCCUUGCCAUCACUGCUCUGAUUCCCAUGGUAGCUUUUCCAUUCUUUGAAAUAAUGAAAAGUGAUGAUGUUGCACAAGCAUAUCUCCCAGACACAUCUUUUCUAUUCAUUGGCGGACUAAUGGUGGCAGUUGCCGUGGAAAAGUCUGAUCUCCACACCAGAAUUGCUUUGUUCGUUUUGAGAAUUGUAGGAUCUCGUCCAAAGUGGAUAAUGGCUGGUUUUAUGGCAGUUACUGGAUUUUUAAGUAUGUGGAUAUCGAAUACAGCUACAGCAGCUCUUAUGGUGCCUAUAGUUCAGUCUGUGAUUACUGAGCUAGUGGCAAAUCACAGGCAU